GAAGAGAGGAAGUGAUAGCUUGUAUCAGAGAGGAAAGAAAGAAGCAGCAGCCUGAAGAGAGAGACUGGAGAUAAAGAAGGACAGAGAUUGAGACAGACACGGGGUGAGGCCGGGGAGAGACAGAGGGAAAGAGACAGACUGCAUAUAGAGAGAGACAGGGAGACAGAGACUGCACAUAGAGAGAUAUAUAGAGAGACAGAGACUGCACAUAGAAAGAGACAGGGAGACAGAGACUGCACAUAGAAAGAGACAGGGAGACAGAGACUGCACAUAGACAUAUAUAUAGAGAGAGACAGAGACUGCACACAGAGAGACGGGCAGAGGCCAUAAAGAGACAUAGGCUGGAGACAGAGAGAGAACAAGAUACAGAGACUGCACCAAGAGAGACAGCCAUAGGGAGAGAGAGACAGGAGACAUAGGAAGAGUCGGAGACUGCACAUAGAGAGACAGGCUGAGCCCAUAGAGUCGGGCAGGGGCCCCGGGGGGACGCGGCUGGUGCAGGGGCCACUUCCUGCUAUGCCCAGAUAGCUGAGGGGCAGAGGACAGCAGGGUGGGGGCGGCACAGGUGAGGGCACAUUCCUACCAGGAGGAGGCGCCAUCAGCAUGAGUGAGACAGCGGUGAUCACGGCCCGGGCCACCGUAAUGGUCUAUGAUGAUUCCAGUAAAAAGUGGAUCAAUGCCGGAACUGGCCCUGUGGGACACAGCCGAGUCCAGCUCUACUACACUCCGGGGCCACAGACCUACCGUGUGGUGGGGAGGAAAAUGUCCGAUCAACAGGUUGUAAUUAAUUGCCCUUUGGUUCGAGGGCUGAAAUACAACCAGGCCACGCCUAAUUUCCACCAGUGGCGGGACGCACGGCAGGUGUGGGGGCUGAACUUCAGCAGUAAGGAGGAGGCCGGCCAGUUUGCUACUGGGAUAUUACAAGCUCUUGACUGUCUGGACACUGGUGCACCGUGGCCCAGUCUGAAUGGACCCAAAGUGGAAGAGCCAGAGCCGCCUAGGAGGCCACAGCCAGAACUGGAGCACAGAAUCCAGAGUCCAGUUGCUCCAGUCAUUCCAGCAUCAACUGGGCCUCCUGCACCACCAGGACCACCUCCACCACCAGGACCACCGCCUCCUCCUGGAGGUCCACCAGCACCUCCUGGGGGUCCUCCAGCUCCAUUUGCAGGGGGUCCGCCAGCUCCAUUUGGAGGGGGUCCACCAGCUCCCCCUGGAGGUGGACCUCCUGCUCCUCCCCCUCUACCUUCAGGAGGAGGAGGAGGAGCUGCGGCAAAUGGUGGAGGCCUCGCAGCGGCUUUAGCUGCAGCUAAGCUGAAAAAAGUGGCAAAGGAUGAAGCCGGGGGUCCUUCUCCUAGUAGUGCUGGGCCGGCCAAGCCAGAUAUUAGCCGCACCAGUGGAGGAGCCUCGACAGGAGCUGGAGGUGGAGGACUCAUGCAUGAGAUGAAUCAGAUGCUGGCCCGCAGGAAAAAGAUGACGCAGCAAAGUGAGCGCCCGGCCCCUACCACCACACAAGAUGAUAAUGACCUCAGUAGUGGGCGGAGCCCGGCCGAACCGGCCCGCCGCCCCUGGGACAGAGGGAGCACGACGCUACCGAGGAUGAAAUCCACAGUCAGCAGCCCGGCAGAUGUGGCCCCAAGUGUCGACGAAUCAGAUUCAAUGGAGAGGAUUAAGCAGGAAUUAUUGGAAGAAAUGAGGAAGGAGCUGCAGAAAGUCAAGGAGGAGAUCAUAGAAGCCUUCAUGCAGGAACUGCGCAGGACCAGCACCUCGUGAUUUCAGCGACCAUCUUGUGUGACGGGGGUCAGGCUCCACUCACUGUGCCGCACGGCAGACUCUGCAAUCAUUCCCAAUGCUGGGGGUGAGCGGCCCAUCAAUAAAAGGGCAACGAGCACCCUGUACUGCUGCUGGGCCCGCUCCACACUUCUGUACUUUAACCCCUGCUCUGCGCCCCCUCCUGUACUAACCGCACCCCGCCUCUACACCCACCCUCCUUGCCCCCCCCCCCCCCCCGCACUCUGCCGAGUGCCUCUAAACGGGUUUGCAGAGGCUCCGAGCUUCAACCAAUAGGAUUUAAUGGGAUAAUUAACGGGUUGUUGUUUUUCUUUUUUAUUGUUACUUUUAAAUCAUUUCAAUUUUUGUACAAAAUUUUUUUAGCAGAAUUAGUGGCUCUGUAAACGGUGGCGGGCAAGACGGUAGCUUUAGGAUACUAGUGUCAAACACUGGAGAGUGGCGCUGCCAGGUGACCGGGGGCUUUGGACUGUGUUGCGCUGAUAU